CCAGCCGAGCCAGUGCCGUGGCGGGGGCGGAGAGCGGCCACGGCGGCGGCGCCUCCCGGAGUGGCCUGCGGUGCUCGGCCCCGCCCGAAAGAUAUCAAGUUGUGCUAGUACAACCAUAUAAAUAAGUAAUACCUGAAGUCUCAGUGUAACAUGGACAUUAACAGUGAUGACAGAUAAAUACAGACGCUUGGGAAUCAAAUACUAGGCGAAACACUUUUAAAAAAGAAAGGAAUUUAGGAAGUUCUAGUAUUCUCCAUGGCUGAAGCUGACAGUCUGAAACCAUGAUGCUUAAGCUCUAUUCUAGAUCAUAGCUCCAACUCCUUCAGGAUAUAAGGAAAAGAGAUAAUAUUUCCACAAUGAUAGAUCUUUGGUUGUACAGGUUUCCCAAUGAGUGGAUCAUGAUGACCGUAUUGUAGGGACUUGCCAUAGUAUGGCUGCUUCCCGAUCUACUCGUGUUACAAGAUCAACAGUGGGGUUAAACGGCUUGGAUGAAUCUUUUUGUGGUAGAACUUUAAGGAAUCGUAGCAUUGCUCAUCCUGAAGAAAUCUCUUCUCAUUCUCAAGUACGAUCAAGAUCACCAAAGAAGAAACCAGAGCCUGUGCAAAUUCAGAAAGGAAAUAAUAAUGGAAGAACUACUGAUAUAAAACAGCAGAGUACUCGAGAGUCAUGGGUAAGCCCUAGGAAAAGAGGACUUCCUUCUUCAGAAAAAGAUAACAUAGAAAGGCAGUCUGUAGAAAAUUGUGAAAGAAGGCAAACAGAACCUGUUUCACCAGUUUUAAAAAGAAUUAAGCGUUGUCUUAGAUCUGAAGCACCAAACAGUUCAGAAGAAGAUUCACCUAUAAAAUCAGACAAGGAGUCAGUAGAACAGAGGAGUACAGUAGUGGACAAUGAUGCAGAUUUUCAAGGGACUAAACGAGCUUGUCGAUGUCUUAUACUGGAUGAUUGUGAGAAAAGGGAAAUUAAAAAGGUGAAUGUCAGUGAGGAAGGGCCACUUAAUUCUACAGUAGUUGAAGAAAUCACGGGCUAUUUGGCUGUCAAUGGUGUUGAUGACAGUGAUUCAGCUGUUGUAAACUGUGAUGACUGUCAGUCCGAUGGGAACACUAAACAAAAUAGCACUGGUUCCUAUGUGUUGCAGGAGAAAUCAGUAGCUGAAAAUGGGGAUUCGGAUACCCACACUUCAAUGCUCCUUGGUAGUAGGAAGGAGGACAGUUAUAUAGACCAUAACGUGCCUUGCACAAAUUCAGAAGUGCAGGUCAAGUUGGAGGACCACAAAAUAGUAACUGCCUGCCUGCCUGUGGAACAUGUUAAUCAGCUGACUACUGAGCCAGCUACAGCCCCCUUUUCUGAAAUUCAUUCAUCUUUAAGGGAUUCUGAGGAGGAAGUAGAUGUGGUGGGAGAUAGCAGUGCCUCAAAAGAGCAGUGUAAUGAAAACACCAAUAACGCCCUGGACACAAGUCUUGAGAGUAUGCCAGUCUCCGGAGAACCAGAACCAUCUUCUGUUCUAGACUGUAUUUCAGCUCAAAUGAUGUCUUUAUCAGAACCUCAAGAACAUCGGUAUACUCUGAGAACUUCACCCCGGAGGGCAGCCCCUACCAGAGGUAGUCCCACUAAAAACAGUUCUCCUUGCAGAGAAAAUGGACAACUUGAGGAGAAUAAUCUUAAUCCCAGUGAAACAAAUGCACCUGUUAGUGAUAAUAUAAGUCAGUCUCUCACAAAUCCCGAUGAAAUUUCUCACAAUGAAAAAGGCAUAUGUUGUGACUCUGAAAAUUAUGGGAGUGAAGGACUAAGUAAGCCAUCCUCAGAGGCAAGACUCAAUAUUGGACAUUUGCCAUCUGCCAAAGAGAGUGCCAAUCCGCACAUUACAGAAGAGGAAGAUGAUGAUCCUGAUGUUUAUUACUUUGAAUCAGAUCAUGUGGCACUGAAACACAACAAAGAUUAUCAGAGACUGUUACAGACGAUUGCCGUACUCGAGGCUCAACGUUCUCAAGCAGUCCAGGACCUUGAAAGUUUAGGCAGACAUCAGAGAGAAGCACUAAAAAAUCCCAUUGGAUUUGUGGAAAAACUCCAGAAGAAGGCUGAUAUAGGGCUUCCAUAUCCACAGAGAGUUGUUCAAUUGCCCGAGAUUGUAUGGGACCAAUAUACCAAUAGCCUUGGGAACUUUGAAAGAGAAUUUAAAAAUCGCAAAAGACAUACUAGGAGAGUUAAGCUAGUUUUUGAUAAAGUAGGUUUACCUGCUAGACCAAAAAGUCCUUUAGAUCCUAGGAAGGAUGGAGAGUCCCUUUCAUACUCUAUGUUGCCUUUGAGUGAUGGUCCAGAAGGCUCAAACAGUCGUCCUCAGAUGAUAAGAGGACGCCUGUGUGAUGAUACCAAACCUGAAACAUUUAACCAGUUGUGGACUGUCGAAGAACAGAAAAAGCUUGAACAACUACUCUUGAAAUACCCUCCUGAAGAAGUAGAAUCUCGACGCUGGCAGAAGAUAGCAGAUGAACUGGGCAAUAGGACAGCAAAGCAGGUUGCCAGCCGAGUGCAGAAGUAUUUCAUAAAACUAACUAAAGCUGGCAUUCCAGUCCCAGGCAGAACACCAAACUUAUAUAUAUACUCCAAAAAGUCUUCAACAAGCAGACGACAGCACCCCCUUAAUAAGCAUCUCUUUAAACCUUCCACUUUCAUGACUUCCCAUGAACCACCAGUGUAUAUGGAUGAAGAUGAUGACCGAUCCUGUUUUCGUAGCCACAUGAACACUGCUAUGGAGGAGGCAUCGGAUGAAGAAAGUAUUCCUAUUAUGUACAGGAAUUUACCUGAAUAUAAGGAACUAUUACAGUUUAAAAAGUUAAAAAAACAGAAACUUCAGCAAAUGCAAGCUGAAAGUGGAUUUGUGCAACAUGUGGGCUUCAAGUGUGAUAACUGUGGCAUAGAACCUAUCCAGGGUGUUCGGUGGCACUGCCAGGAUUGUCCUCCAGAAAUGUCUUUGGAUUUCUGUGAUUCUUGUUCAGACUGCCUUCAUGAAACAGAUAUUCACAAGGAAGAUCACCAACUAGAACCUGUUUAUAGGUCAGAGACAUUCUUAGACAGAGACUACUGUGUGUCCCAGGGCACCAGUUAUAAUUACCUUGACCCAAACUACUUUCCAGCAAACAGAUGACAUGGAAGAGAACAUCAUAUACUAGUCCUCUUCAACACAUAGCAAUGGUAUCAUUGUGAAUUAUGUGCACCGUUUGGAAAGAUUCUCUACUUUCCCUGAAAUGACACUCACAGCAUGACAGCUUCCUGAGUGUUCUCGUCAACAGCUCUGCACCGUUGUGGCUCUAGAUCACUGUUCAGCAGCUGAGCAUUCCUGGUGAGCAAAAGGGUUUCCCUGGUGAAAUUCUCACCACCACCUUAAAGCCUUUUAGGUGGUGAUCUUAAAUGGGUGAGAUGGAAAUGAGAGCACAUAUUAAAGAGAGAGUAAAUUCCAAAGGUUUCAAAGAACUUGGUCAUAAAUAUGCUAAUGAGAAGACAAAGUAUUUAUAUUAAAACAGUUUAGUAGCUUUCAGUUUUGUGAAAAUAGUUUCCAGCACAGAAACUGACUUCCUUAGGCAAAGUUUUAACCAAUGACGGUGUUUGCUUCUAGGAUAUAUACACUUUAAAAGAACUCACUGUCCCAGUGGUGGCCGCUGAUGGCCUUUAGUAAAUUGGAGCUGCUUAACCAUAUUGAUGUCUAAUUUCUUUUAACCACAAUGAACUGUCCUUAUUACCAACAGUGAAGCACUACAGGAGGCAACUGUGGCAUUGCUUCCUUAACCAACUCAUGGUGUGUGAAUGUUAUAAAAUUGUCACUCAGAUAUAUUUUUUAAAUGUAAUGUUAUAUAAGAUGAUCAUGUGAUGUGUACAAACUAUGGUGAAAAGUGCCAGUGGUAGUAACCGUGUAAAGUCUAAUUCACAACAUUAAUUCCUUUAAAAUACACAGCCUUCUGCCUCUGUAUUUGGAGUUGUCAGUGCAACUCAUUGAAGAAAACUGCCUAAUAGAAAAAUCAUAUAUAUGGUAAUAAUUUCCCUCUUUUGUAGUCUGCACAAGAUCCAUAAAAGAUUGUAUUUUUAUUACUAUUUAAACAAGUGAUUAAAUUUAGUCUGUGCAGUGAGCAAGAGUUCACAUGCAUUCUUUUAUACUGCUGGAUUUUGUUGUGCAUCAUUUAAAACAUUUUGUAUGUUUCUUCUUAUCUGUGUAUACAGUAUGUUCUUGAAUAAUGUUCAUUUGUCAGGAGAACUGUGAGAAAUAAACUAUGUGGAUACUGUCUGUUUAUAUUAUAGAAUGCUUGUUGUGACUUCCUUCGGUUAGAUUUUGGAUUUUA